AUGUCCUUAAAAAAAAAGAAACCUAAGAAACAAGGAAAAGUUGAUGUUAAAGUAGACCUUGAAGCUGAAUUGGAAGUGGAACAUGCAAUUAUGUUUGAAAGUGAAAGUGAUAGUGACUUUGAAUAUGAAAGUAGUGUGGAGGCUAACAUUGAAGUGGAAGCUCUAAGUGGUUUGGUACCUAAAAUGGAGGUUAACAUUGAAGUUCCUGAAGUUGAUGUGGAUGCUAACAUUGAAGUUCCUGAAGUUGAUGUGGCAGCUAACAUUGAAGUGCCCGAAAUGGAUGCUAACAUUGAAGUUCCAUUAGUUCAAGAUAACAUCGAAGAAGAGAUUCAAGAUGAAGUGGAACAUGAAAUUCAAGUUAACAUUUAA